CUUUUCUCUUAUUCCCUUGGCCCCGCUCCCUUUUACACCUCUUCUCUCUCUCUCUCCCCCUCUCCUUCAACUUUUCCUUCAUUUCAAUACAAUCAUGAUUAAGAACCUCGGAAAACUAAAACAGUGGACGGGCGAACGUCUAGGAGCAGCAAAGUCUACGCUACAGACAGAAGACUUUCAACGGCUUGAAGCCGACACGGAACGCAAGCGUACCGGGUUUGAAAGAGUGUAUUCCGCGUCCGAGUUGACAUACAGCCAAUUAUCCAAGAAAAAACUGUCACCGGAAGACGGCAAGACCAAAGUGUACCCAUGUGAUGCCUUGGGCUCUUGCUUGAUGAAUCAUGGUGGGGCUUUUACGGAGGAUUCUCCUCUAGGGGCUGCAUUGGUGAGCUUUGGCCAAGCCGAAUCCAGAAUUGCCGUUUUGCAAGAAGACUUUUCUUGCGUGCUAAAGGAAGAUUAUAUGAGUACCUUGGAAGCUGGAUUGCAGGAGUACAAGGAAUAUCAGGCCCUCAAGAAAAAGCUGGAAUCAAGGCGUCUCGAUUAUGACUCCAAGCUGGGCCGAUUGCAAAAAGCGAAGAAGGAGAAACCAGAACUCGAGCAGGAAAUGCAGGCAUCCAAGCUCAAAUACGAGGAGACUGAGUACGAUCUUAUUCAGAAAAUGGUUUAUUUGCAAGAAUUUGAGGAUACACACUAUGAGACAUUACGCCGACUACUAGAAGCACAAUACAUGUACUAUAGCCGAGCCGCAGAACUGCUGGACGGUAUGCGAGCUAAUUGGGGUCAGGGCGGUAACCCCAUGGCAAGACCAGUUACACGCAGCGCUACUACAUUCAGUAGCAGCACAGUCAGUACCCCUCGAUCCUUUAAUAAUAACAGUAACAGUAAUAUGAAUGGCGGUGCUGGCGGCGACGACUACUUUGCGUAUUCCGAAUCGCCCGAUACCCAAACACCCGCACGAUCGCCAGGAAGUGCUCUAUCGUCUAUACAGCGCAGACUCAGCACGCGACAGGGUAGCGCUGACAGCUUGAACGUACAUCCGGCCGGUCCGAGACGGGUCUCGAGUUCUACUUCGAUUCGCAGCAGUACGAGCGAAAGAUCAGCCUCUACUCGACAACCUCCACCUAUGCCUCGACGCAAUCAACAAGCAACCACCAAACGUCGCAAGGCAAUGUAUGACUUUGAAGGAGAGAGCAUUGAAGAACUUUCAUUCCGCGCAGGGGAUGUCAUUACGGUUGUGGAGGAAGUGGAUGAAGGAUGGUGGCUUGGAGAAGUAGAGCACUUUGGACCCAAACGACGAGGCAUCUUUCCUGUCAACUACACAGAAGACAUUGUGGGCAACAGCAACAACCGCUCACCACCCAUGCCAGCACGCCCAUCGAUACCCCCCGCAGCAUCCAUUCAAGAGCAGCCAGACGAAGAGGAUGAGCCAAUGUAUUCUCGGGCGGUUGAGAACGACUCGCCUUUCAGUGACCAUGCAAUGACAGGAGCAGCAGCAGCAGCAUCUGUACCCAGUACGCCUGCAUAUGAACAACCAAGACCCUUUGCCACACGUUCAAACUCAGCAAGCACGAUGAGUUCACCACCACCGGCAUCUCGGAGCACCACGUAUGUUCCACUCGACACCAAGCCAAUGACCCCACCCAGCGCUGCGACAGCAUCCACACGAACGCCACCUCCUCCACCUGCGUCCCGCAUGUCGCCAAGCGUAUCUACCUCGUCAUCGACAAGAACUCCACCACCGCCCCCACAAGCCCAUGCACGCGCGUUAGCAAGUGUCACUCCUGCUGGUCUCGUGCAGCAGCAUGACAACGAACCGCCGUGCCAAGAGUGUGGAUGUACAGAUUUCAGUGCCAAUGUAUUUAAAAAGGGACACUGCAAGACUUGUUUCCAUAAGCAUCAAUAAAAGUUUAUCAU